GUGGCAAAAUGCUGACUCUGUAUCAAGCAUGUUAUUUUUCAUUUGUUGCUGUACUGCUGUGACACUCAGGGAAUCCAGAACCAACAUUCAAUUCAUGAUUUGGACCUAUUAGUGUGAAACUGAACUUCUGCUUUUGAGUAAGCACAGAUCCUCGUAUGCAUGCUAUGGCAUUCAAGGGUGCACUCCUCAGCAUAUUUGAGAAUAAGCUUCCUUGCCCUGUGGCCUCAGACGAAUUGCAGUAAAUCAGAUAACAAUCAUGUGUUCCAGCAUCGUAGCUGAGCAGGCAGCCUGCAAAGUCUGGCAAGAGGGCAAUCAGCCCUUCCGAAUAAACGAGAAUUGAGUUAUCAGUCAGAGAGGCUCGGUUUCCAAAACUCAGCCACGCUCUGCUUCUAGGACACCGGAGCAGCAGCUACAAAGUCUCUCCCCAAGUUUAUCUCAGUCGCCCAAAAAAAAAAAACCGAGUCCAAGCUAGCUCGAAUCCCUCGGUCAGAGUGGACUUCCACUCGCAAGGUCCCUGCUCCCGCCUCCCGCUUUGAUGGCUUUGGGCGAGCUUACAGGCGGAGCCCCGGGUCGCGCUGCGCUGGGCUACUCCUCCGCCUUCCUCUUAGCUGUUAGUAGCCUUGCCGGGCCUCUGAUGAACAAGGGCGGACCUUUCAAAUUGGCCCGGGAGUAGGGGAAACCAAGAAAGAAGGGGUAGGGGGAAAGGAGGGUGAGCCUCGGUCUCCUGCCCCUGCCGCCUCUCUUUCCCCCCCGCCUCUUCCUUCUCUUGGAGGCGGAGCUGCAAGGGCGAGGACGCCGCUUUGAGGAGGGGCCGCCCUUUCUCCAGGCAAGGACUCUUCUGCAAGCAGCCGCCGCCGAUGGGUUCAGCACCUCGGACAGCUCCUGGGCGCGGCGGUGGGCGGGGGCGAGGCGGAAGGAAAAGGCGGGAGAGUCGUGGCCCUGCCCGGCUCUGGGUCCUCCUCCCCCAAUACGCAACACGUGCUGCCACCUGGCGCGGGAGCGGACGCGGCUAGACCGAGCGAGAAGCCGGAGCGGCGAUCGAAGGAGUCUCCUGCCGCCUUCCCACCCCAUGGAGAGCGCCCCGCGUUCCCCCUAGCGCUUCGGGCGGCUGGCGGCGGAGAUGGCGUCUCCGGGAGCCCUGGAGUCCGCUCCCUCCCGGGUGCCAGCCACCAAGGUGGAGCUCACCGUAUCCUGCAGGAAUCUGUUGGAUAUGGACACUUUCUCCAAGUCUGAUCCUGUGGUGAUUCUUUAUAUCCAAGAAACUGCAGACAAAGAAUGGCGAGAGUUUGGCCGCACAGAGGUGAUUGAUAACACACUGAACCCUGACUUUGUUCGCAAGUUUGUACUUGACUAUUAUUUUGAGGAAAAGCAGAACCUGCGUUUUGAUAUUUACAAUGUGGAUUCCAAGACGUGCAACCUGCCCAAGAGUAAGGACUUCUUAGGACAGGCCUUUGUGGCCUUGGGGGAGAUUAUCGGCUCCCAAAGAGGUCGCCUGGAACGAAACCUCACGGGAGUUCCAGGAAAGAAAUGUGGCACCCUAGUGCUGUCUGCUGAAGAGCUCAGCAACUGUCGGGACAUUGUCACCAUGCAGUUGUGUGCCAACAAGCUGGACAAGAAGGAUUUCUUUGGCAAAUCGGAUCCCUUCCUUGUUUUCUACCGCAGUAACGAGGACGGCACGUUCACCAUCUGCCACAAGACAGAGGUGGUGAAGAACAAUCUGAAUCCAGUGUGGCAACCUUUUUCCAUCCCUGUGCGCUCCUUGUGCAAUGGUGACUAUGACAGGACCGUGAAAAUUGACGUCUAUGACUGGGACCGGGAUGGCAGCCAUGAUUUCAUUGGAGAAUUUGCCACAAGCUAUCGUGAACUCUCUCGUGCCCAGAACCAGUUCACAGUGUAUGAGGUUUCGAACCCUAGGAAGAAGUGCAAGAAAAAGAAGUACAUUAACUCGGGGACUGUAACCCUUCUGUCAUUCACAGUGCAGUCAGAAUUCACCUUUGUUGAUUACAUUCGAGGCGGGACACAGCUGAAUUUCACAGUCGCCAUUGACUUCACGGCCUCCAAUGGGAACCCUUCGCAACCCACUUCUCUUCAUUACAUGAGCCCUUAUCAGCUCAGCUCCUAUGCCAUGGCUCUGAAAGCAGUUGGCGAAAUCAUCCAGGAUUAUGACAGCGACAAACUUUUCCCUGCUUACGGCUUUGGCGCCAAGGUCCCACCAGACGGCAAAGUAUCUCAUCAGUUCCCUUUGAACAAUAACCCGGACAAUCCCAACUGCGAGGGCAUCGAAGGAGUGUUGGAAUCCUAUUUCCAAAGCCUACGUACUGUGCAGCUCUACGGACCCACCAACUUUUCACCUGUCAUCAACCAGGUGGCCUGUUUGGCUGCCCAAGUCACUGAUGGCUCCCAGUAUUAUGUUCUUCUCAUCAUCACCGAUGGAGUGAUUUCCGACAUGCUGCAGACUAAAGAAGCAAUUGUCAGUGCUUCUUCCUUGCCCAUGUCUGUCAUCAUUGUGGGAGUGGGCCCUGCUGAGUUUGGGGUUUGUGCCCUUCCGAGACUACGUAGACCAUUCCGGCAACCACAUUUUAAGCAUGGCACGCCUGGCGAAAGAUGUCCUAGCUGAAAUCCCAGAGCAGCUGCUUUCGUAUAUGAAAACCCGAGACAUCAAGCCCCUUUCUGCUAGACCACAGUAGCUCUGUCUUCUCCAUAGCCUGAAGCCAUUCAGAUAAUUCUGCUCCAGCUGGGGCUGGGAAGAUGCUUUCCCCCUAGCCUAGGCAAGCGGGCUCUUCCCCCUCUUUCAUUCAGAACUGGCUAGAUCAGGGGGACAGGAAGUUCACUAUGGGGGAAUUGGGCAGGAUUGAGUGCCAUGCUUCGCACACCAGAUGAGACACCAGCACAAAAGUGUGGCUCCACCCAGGAUCUCAAGGAGGUGAUUCCAGUUUCAUAAAACAGGCCCAGCAAGAGCCUCGAAAGAAAGACAAGGAGUUCAGAAGAAGAAGAAGAAGCAUGCUGGGGAUCCUGGAGCUGUGGUUCCUUCAAGACCAGUUUGUUUAGUAAAGUGCCAUGGACCCCUCUUUCUGCCUGGUUAUUGACAAUAAAGUAUCCUUGGUCCCAG